AUGGGGAAAAAGGGCGGGUUGAAAGAGAUCAAGCUACACCAUAGGCGACCGAGGAGGGUAUUUGUGCAGAUCGCCCUCAUCGCUUCUGUAGUAUGGGUCUUCUACCAUACAUUGUCGAGCUUGGGGGGUACAUUAUACCCUGAUCUCCCAGCAGAGAAACUUCCACAGCCAAAGGAAUCGGAGAACCACUCGGCUUUCACACAGAGCCUUUCCAAUGUUUUGGCGCUACUUCCAGACGAGCAGCAGACACAGCGGCUGCUCACACCUAUCGAGUCCACUGGAGAACAGAGAAUGAAAGAAUUCGGAAUCCGGACUCGCCAGUACAAGCAGCUCUUUGAUGUAUGGGAAACAUUACAUACCAACAAAACAAAGUCCCAAAGGUUCGUCCAGGAUGAUGUGCUCCAACGCCUCUAUCAAAAUCCUUCAAUCGCAACUUUGCUCGAUCGCGACAUGGCCCAGAUCGUUCAUAGCUAUGAGUCUUAUCGCUCGAUAGUAACUCAGCUUUCGACUCUCCUCUUCCCAUGGACAGCACCAUAUUUCGCGGACCAUCUCCAACUGCGCCAACAACUACAGUCCGCCCCUCGCGGACUGGUAUUUUCAGCCGGGAAUGACCAAGUUCGCUUCUUACUCACUUCAAUCCCGGCAAUUCGUCGAUUAGGGUGUCAACUCCCGAUCGAGGUGAUGUACCUCGGCGACGAUGAUCUCCGCCCAGCAUCACGGACCGCGCUGGAGGAACUGCCGGGCGUCAUUACGCGCGAUCUUCGCAAAAUGGUCAAUGACAAAGGCUGGGCCUUGAAAGGAUGGGCCGGCAAACCAUUUGCAGUUUUGUUCUCCAGUUUCCGCGAGGUUAUCUUCAUCGACGCCGAUUCUUUGUUCCUUCAAAACCCGGAGACACUAUUCGAUGACUUCGCAUACCGCGAAACAGGCGCGCUGUUCUUCAAAGACCGAUUGAUGUUCCCAGAAUCCAAGCGGGAGUGGAUGCAGAAGGUCCUUCCAGAGCCUAUUUCCAGCAAAGCGCAACAGACUCGCCUAUGGGAUGGGCAGAGCGGCCAUAUGCAGGAGUCUGGGGUAUUGGUGCUCGAUACCUAUAGGCACUUUUUGUCACUUCUUUUGGUGACGAGGAUGAAUGGGCCGGAUCGAGAUGGUAAUGAGAAGAAUGGUAUUCGGGGCGUAUAUGAUAUGCUAUUUGGUGAGUCUCCGUUCUGCUUGGUGUUGGGAACAAGUUCUAACGAGGAAAUAGGCGACAAGGAAACUUUUUGGCUGGGCUGGGAGUUAGCCGGAGACACAGAUUAUGCAUUCCACAACGGCAGUGUUGGUACAAUCGGAGUUGCUCAUGCUGAAACUCCUCGACCAGCGCCCAGUGCGGCGGCUGGGCUAAGCACUCCAUCCAAAGAAUACACCAUCUGUGCGCCUCAGUUACUGCAUCUUGACCGGAUGGGACGACCUCUCUGGUUCAAUGGAUGGUUGCUUGAGAAUAAGUUUGCCAAAGCCGGGGAAAAGAGACCUGCCAAGUUCGAGGCCUAUGUUCGCGAAGAAGGAAGAGUCCCAGAUUGGCAAUUGAAAGAGAGUAACAUGGCAUGCUUAACAUCAAAGAAGAUGUUUAGUCUUUCGCAAGAGGAGAGUGAUGUUCUGGACAUGACAAUUGAAAUGGGGAGACGAUGUGAAGCAUUCUGA